AUGGACCGUCCGACUGCCAUCAUCCUGAUUGAUCCAUACAAUGAAUUUUUACAUUCAAAUGGAAAACUCAACCCACGAAUCCGCGACAGCCUCGACAAGUCGAACACCAUCGCCAACUUGUACAAGCUCAUCGACUUCGCUCGCAAACAAAAGCUGCCGAUCUACUACUGCAUGCAUCAGCAGACAUCUCGGUAUACCAUGGAGGGUUGGACGCUGAUAAACAAGUCGUUGUCAGGCCUGAAGAGCAAUAUGGUCUUUGAAGCAGGUAGCUUCGGCGUGGAGUUUUUCGAGGGCAUGGAGCCAGUGCCAGAGAAUGGCGAUGUUGUGGUCAGCAAACAUUGGAAUAGCAGUUCGUUCCAGAGCACGGAUCUGGACUAUCAGUUGCGACAAAGAGGCAUAGGCCAUGUCGUGAUGGCUGGCCUCGUUGCAAAUACAUGUUUAGAAUCGACCGCCAGAUACGCGUAUGAGCACGGUUAUGCUCUGACGAUGCUAACUGACUGCACGGCUGGUUUCUCACACGAGGCGAAAGAGACUGCGGCAAAGCUCAUUUGGCCACUGUUCUCGAACCAGGUUCUGACAGUGGAUGAGUGGACGAAGUCUGUCGUGCAAGGCGAGCGAAGUGUCAUAUAG